AUGUCAUUUUCAAAACUUGAAUCACUGCCGAACGAAAUGUUAAUUGAUAUUAUUGAAAAAUAUAUUAAUGGAGUAGAUCUGCUAAGAGUUUUUGGUUUUCAACUCAAUCAACGUUUCAAUGCACUCAUUACUCAAUGUCAACGAUUUCGUUUUGAUUUUAUUCAAUGUCAAAAAGAGAAUUUUCAUUUUUGCAUGGGUCGUCUACCAGCCUAUCUUGACAAAAUAGAAGAAUUAUCCAUAUCAGAACAAGAUACACCUCGUCAACUUUAUGGUUUUCUUUCUUUCUAUCCAUCGUUUGAAUUAUUUAAACAACUUCGAGCAGUUUAUUUUCAUUUUACUGGUGAAGGUAUCGAUCGAGAAAUUGUUGAAAGAGAUCUUAAUUCAAUAUUGCAAACGACUAUUGACACCUUAUCAAUCAAAAAUAUGAACACAGAUAAUAGAUCAUCAUUAGGAAAUGUUAAUGUUAAUCUUUUUCGCUUAAAAUCAUUAAAACGAUUUUCUCUUAUGAGCAAUAUUAUUUUUAUAAAUUGGAGUGAUUUGGGGAACGUCUUAUCAAAUAUUUAA